ACACCGAGGAUCAAAAUGAGGCAAUCCAUGAAGUUCAUUUUCGCACUCUUGAUUGCCCUGGAGCUGUUGACCCUGGGCGACACGGCGCCCAUCGGUGAGCAUCCGGAUCACGCCGGUUGCAUACGGAUCACGGUCAUCAAGCGACCUUUGGCCACCACCACGACGACAACCACGACGACUACGACCACCACGACCACAACAACCAGGGCAACAACAGCGGCCACUGGCUAA